AUGAUCAGUGAUGUAACGCCACGGAUAAAGGUGGUCUCCCGCGGGUGCGACUGUAGGUUCAUCCGCCAGCGCGCAGACAUCUGUUGUGACACAACAAUUGACGAUGGAAUUAACAACUCCAUCUGGGCAAAGGAAUACAGACACGCAAUCAGCAGUUAUACUGGUAACAACAGCAGCAGUUAUGGCGGUAACAGCAGCAGCAGUUAUACUGGUAACAACAGCAGCAGUUAUACUGGUAACAACAGCAGCAGUUAUACUGGUAACAACAGCAGCAGUUAUACUGGUAACAGCAGCAGCAGUUAUACUGGUAACAACAGCAGCAGUUAUACUGGUAACAACAGCAGCAGUUUUACUGGUAACAACAGCAGCAGUUAUACUGGUAACAACAGCAGCAGCAGUUAUACUGGUAACAACAUCAGUAGUAGUAAUAGUGGUAACAACAGCAGUAGCAGUUAUAGUGGUAACAACAGCAGUAGCAGUUAUAGUGGUAAUAACAGCAGUAGCAGUUAUAGUGGUUAUAACAGCAGUAGCGGUUAUAGUGAUAGUGGUAAUAACAGCAGUAGCAGUUAUAGUGGUAACAACAGCAGUAGCAGUUACAGUAGUGAAAACAUCAGUAGCAGUUACAGUUGUAACAACCUUUACAGUGAUUAUGAACUAAUCCUUGCUGUAGCGGAGAAUGAACUGACCCAUGUUGUGCCGGGUCAAUAA